AUGGCAACGCACUGACUGCGUGCACCUUGGCUUAUGAUAACGGUGCUGGCAACGGUCAAAAAUAAUUUCAUGGAACCGUGUUGGAUGUACUGAAAGGAACCAUAGAGCGAGCAGCGUUUGAUCAGUGUCCAGUAUGGCGAGUUUGAUGGCGGGCCUGCUUCCGGAGACCCAGGGGGUUCAGUUCACGGCCAGACCAGUGCUGAGGACACGGGAGAGCCUAGCUGUGAGGACAACAUCACGCAUUGGACGCCCUACAGCAAUAGGGGGAGAUUAUCCUGUCAAAGCCAAAACGGGCAAUGCGGCAAUGUCCAGUAUUGAGAUUGAGGCUCAGCUCCGGGAGAAAGUCAGACUCAAGUUCGACAGUCUCAAGCAGGCCUUCCAGACGUAUGAUGUGGACCAGAACUUGAGCAUAACCAAGGGAGAGUUCCGGCGGGUUCUGGAGUCGUUCUGCUUCCCUCUCACAUCAGAACAGUAUGAAGCAGUUCUAGUCAAGGUGCAGCGUAACCCCAAUGGAACUGUGCGCUAUCAAGACUUCCUGGAGAAGUUCCACGGGAAAGACAGUGGCGGCAACGGCAGCAGGGAGAAGUGGAUGAGUGGCCAGCAGCGGUUUGUCCAUCAGCCUCCCACUAAAGAGAUCAACAUGGAUGUGGUCGAAAGGAUGGUCAGAGAGAAGCUGAGUGGCAACUUGAAGGCUGUGAUCAAGGCCAUGCAGUUGUUUGACUACAACAUGGACGGCAAGGUCCAGCGGCAUGAACUACGGCGGGUGCUGGAGAACUACUGCUUCAAGUUCACAGACCAGCAAUUUGACAAACUGUGGCAGAGGUAUGACUUCCACCACACCGGGACAGUGAACUACAAGGAGUUCCUACAGAGACUGGGAGUCACACCUCAGAGGCCUAACAGUAAGCCUGGCCCGGGGGUACCAGGAGCACUGACCUGGCCGGCAGUGACCAACCAUGACAAGCAGCAGGCGGGAGGUCUGACCGACUUCCACAUCCAGAACCAGCAGCAGCGAGACCAGCAGAUGCUGAACCAGAUGACCUUCACCCAGAUUGAGAUGGAGUUCAGGAAGAGGAUGAAGACCAACUACUUAAACCUGAAGAAAGCCUUCAUGUCAUUUGACAAGCAUCUGGAUGGGUUCAUCUCCCUGGACGACCUGAAGGCCAUUCUCACCAACUUCACCAUCCCCAUGUCUGACCAGCUGUUCAGUCAACUCAUGGAGAGGUGCGGUGUAAAAGGAAGCCACAAGAUAUCCUGGGAAGCCUUCUUGGAAAAGUUCCAGAAUCCAUGGAUGGUUGGAAAUGGACAGACAUUGCCCAUCAAACCUAAUCACAAGUUCUUCCCCAUCAUGGAGACCCAGAAGAUGAUGGAGGCAGACGACAUCUGGUACCAGCUGUACCGCCACGUCCAGAGUAACUAUUCCUCCUUCAAGAGUGCCUUCCUUGAAUUUGAUGUUAAUCGAAAUGGGCGGAUCACGCGGAAAGAGCUGCGUCGUAUCAUUGAGAAGUUUGCGUUCCGCUUGGAUGAAGAACAGUUCAGGAAAAUGAUGGUGACGCUAGAUCCUCACCAUAGCAACAGCAUAUCCUACCACAAGUUCCUUGACUUCUUUGAGGAAAAGGAAACCAAGGAAGGCCACAAGUGGUUAAACUCUUGUCACAGAGUUAAUGAGCAACAGCAACCAGCAAUAAUGGCAUGGGAGACUAUAGAAGAUUUAUUACGGGAAAAGAUCACUGAGCACUGGAAGACUGUAGCCGAGGCAAUAAUAUAUUAUGACCACAGAGCGGAGGGAGUUAUCUCCCCUGUCAACUUGAAACGAGUUAUAGAUCAUUAUGUUUUACCCGUGUCUGAGGAACACUUCCAACAUCUGUUGAGUCGCUGUGAAAGUCGGUCAGAUGGAAUGGUCAGCUAUGUGGAGUUCCUGCAGGGCCUGGACAUCGACAUCAUCCCCGGCGACAUCAACGGCCUCAGCACACAGAUCAACGACAGCAGUGAACUCACAGAGUUUCAGCGCCAAGAAGGGCAGAGAGCAAGACAGCAAAUGGCUGAAGUUCACGCCUUUAACAGAACCGGCACCAUGUCAGCAGAAGAGGUCAUCACAAGACUCAAGGACAGACUGAGUCAGCACCAUGCUGGUGUCAGGAAGGCCUUCCUCAACUUUGACAAGAGAGGCAGGGGAAGAAUAUCCAAGAAGGUUUUCCGACAGGUGUUAAUAACCUUUGGAAUAGUGAUGACAGAUGAGCAGUUCAAUGUCCUUGUGUCCAAGUUGGACUUCCACGGAGGCUUCAUGAGCUACUCCGACUUCCUGGCCAGUUUUGAUGACCCCCGUCCAGGCGGUGCCGGACAGGACAUGAUGCGGACAGACAACCACCAUGUGAACCCCAUCAGAGGAGAUGAGUAUGGCAUGAGUGCUCUUGAGGUGGAGUCCAAACUCAGGGCAAAACUCAGAGAAAACUUUGCAGAUUUGAGGGGAGCCUUCUACAAGUUUGAUGACAACCACACUGGCAGUCUGAGGAAGAACAACUUCCGGCGCAUGUUGGAUGCGUUCAUGUUGGUGAUGACAGAUGAGGAGUUUGAGAAGUUGUGUAGCAGGAUGGGCAUCUCAAAGGACAGUCGCAUCACCUACCAGGAAUUCCUGGACAGGUUUGAAGUCCGGGAUACAAUAGAUGGACAUCAGUGGCUUAACUCUGUACACAUGUACAAUAAUGUCCUUCCACCUAAGGCCUUCACAGCAGAGGAAGCUCACGAGAUGCUGAAGGUCAAGGUCCAUCGACAAUGGAGUGAUCUUGCUGAUGCAUUCCUCAAAAUGGACAAGAAGACAGGGAAGGGGCUGAUCCGGCGCCAGCAUCUCAGAGAAGUCCUCUACAAGUUUGUCAUGCCCAUGACCAGUGAGGAGUUCAAAAAACUCUGGGCAAGGUAUGACGAGGAAGGAAAAGGGUACAUAUCACACCAGGACUUCCUCAACAAGUUGGGAGCGGAGAAGUUCGGACCGAUGGACGAGGGGCUGAGCAUGACAAUCAUUGAUGAGAGCAAGCGCCACCUGGAGGAACACAACAGAGCCCAGCAGCUGAAGCAUGAGGACAUCACACAGAAACAAGCCAGUCUCGGCAGCGCCAUGACGGCAGAGUGGGUCGAGAGACAGCUGAGGGAUCGGAUAAGAGACCACUACAUCGACUUCUACUCUGCGUUCCGAAAGUACGACACCAAGAAGAGGGGUUGGCUGUCACCAACAGAGAUACAGAAGGUGCUGGUUGACCUCAACUUCUUCAUCAGUGAUGACGAGUUUGACAGUCUGCUGGACAGGCUUGGGCUGCACUCUGACAGAAGCCGAUUGGACUACAGCAUGUUCCUCAAGGCAUUCCAAGAUGGCCGCAAGUCGUCUUAUGGUGACCGAGAAGGUCCGCAGCAAGAUGUCAGUAUCGAGGAGCAUCACGGUCUGCAUCCGGUUGAUGCAGAGACCAAGCUACACAACAAGAUGAGGACACAAGCAGAUGCUAUAGGAAGGGCGUUUGCAGCCUUUGACAAGCAUGACAAGGGUAAGAUCUCGGUGCAAGACUUCCGUCGUGUUCUGGAUCUGUUCUGCUUCAAGAUGUCCGAACCUCAGUGGAAACACCUCAAGUCCAAGCUGAGGUUGGUGGACAACAUGGUGGACUACACAACAUUCCUCGGCCAGUACGGCAACACAGAGCAGCAGGACCAGGAACGUUGGUUAGGCAUCCUUCAGGAGUCUAUGAAAGGCCGACAAGGCACGCAGCUGAUGGCCGUGGACGAAGUGCAGGAGAGGCUCCAAGAGGCAGUCACUGCUCACUACUACAACCUCGACAGAGACUUUGCCGACAUUGAUUAUGCCAGGAUUGGAGUGGUACCAAAGGAUGACUUCCGGGAGGUGCUACAGAAGCAUGUGUUCCGGCUCACAGAUGAUCAGUUUGAGAAGCUCUGGAGUUCUCUGCCGGUCAACGACUUCGGCAAUAUAGAUUACAAGGAAUUCCUGCAGCAGUUCUCUGGCAGUGGUGAUGCUCCUCCCAUGUCUCAACCAGCCAAUGAGAUGGUACCGCCACCUGAAGCAAACCCAUCACAAGCUAUAUUUGGAAACCGACCACAAACGUCGGCAUCAACAAGGGCGCCAUCUAGGCUAGAAGAACAACGUCCCGCCACCAUGCAGUCACUCGCCAUGUCACGCUCCAUGUCACGCAUGUCCACACCACUUGUUAAUGCUGACAUGGCAGAACGGCGCCUCAAGGAGGUCAUCUUCCGUAACUGGAAGGAGAUCCAGCGCCAGUGUCGCCAUUAUGAUCCUGCCAAUACUGGCACCAUUGACAUCUAUGACUUCAGAGACAUCAUGAGUGCUUUCGGCGUACAAAUGCCACCAGAAGACUUCCGCAGGAUUGUCACCAAGUUUGACCUUCAGGAAAACGGCACAUUCUCCUAUGCAGAGUUUCUGCGACACUUCCUGUUGAAUCUCAAGCAGAGAGAAAACUCCAGUCUUCUGUCACGGCAGAAGAUUCACCCCCCGAAGAUGACAAUCCAGCCAGGCGUUACAAGUGACAGGUUCUACGAUGCAAUGAUGAGGCUCCGCAGUUGCGUAACAGACAACUGGAAGGAGAUGAGGCGGACGUUCAGGAAGCUGGAUGAGGGGGCCACAGGUGUGGUCGAUGCUGUGGAAUUCCGGAGGGUCCUUCGCCAGUUUAACGUUAAUUUGUCGGAGGAUGAGUUCUUCCAUCUGAUGUCCUACUAUGACAAGAAUGUAGGAGGUUGUAUCAGCUACAAUGACUUCCUGAGAGCCUAUCUCAAGUCAUAAGGCAACACACACACAUAGCAAGCACCAGCAAUACUAGAUCAAAGGAAUCAAAAGCAAAAGUAAUGAUCAAGUUCUUUAACUGAAAACACCUCUCUGUGGAGAUAAUAUGUAGUAGCAUCCAACUGACAGACUGAUUCCAUAAUCUAUCUGAAGAUGUUUUCAUCAAUAUUAAACUGAUUUGAAAUUUCAGAUUUAAAUUUAAUUUUUUUGUGUUCUUUAAGGCGUAUGUUAAGGCAACUGGUGUAAUUAUCUUCAGUCAACUGUAUCAUCCAAAAACACAUCAAGUAGGAAUACUAUAUCUUGACAAGUGGCUUAUUGUUCACAUUGGUCAAUAAAUAUGUAAAUUGUAUGCAGAUGAACACUUUCUAUGGAUAGACAACUCUUUAUUGCAAUAGAUGUGAUGUUUUGGUGUAGAUGAUAACACUGUUAUCAUAGCAAAUGUUAGCAUCUACACAGAAAAGUCACUUCUUAAGAAGUUGUCUAUCCAUAGAAAAUGUUUAUCUUCAUCAUAUCAGCUUCUAAAUUGUAUACAGUCCAACACUGAAGUCAAAGUUGAAGGGACCUACGUAAUUACUUGAGUUAUGGGGCGGUGGGGUAGCCUAGUGGUUAAAGCGUCCACUCGUCACGCUGAAGAC